AUGGCGCCAAAGCGCGCGCGGGCCUCUAAUGCAGCGGAGACCAAGUCCGCGUCUUCGGGGCUCUUCCUCAUCAAGUCUGAGCCCGACGACUUCUCCCUAGACGACCUCGCGAACAAGGAAACAGAGUGCUGGGACGGCGUGCGGAACCCGAUCGCCAGAAAGCACUUGCGUGCCAUGUCCGUGGGCGAUCAGGUGCUGUUUUACCACUCCAGCUGCAAGGACGUCGGCGUGGUGGGCGUCGCGGAGGUCACGCGGGACGCUUACCCGGACCCUUCGCAGUUCGACGCGAGCAGCAAGUACUACGACCCGAAGAGCACGCAAGAACAGCCUCGCUGGGACUCCGUGGACGUCAAGUUUGUCAGCCGGCUCCCUCGGACCGUAGGGCUCAAGGAGCUGAAGGAGAUCGCAGCGGCGCCAGGCGAGGGCCAGGACGUCCUGUCGGACUUCGCGCUCCUGCGCAUGUCGCGCCUGUCCGUGAUGCCGGUCGAGCAGCGGGUGUGGGACUUCAUCCUGGCGCUCGCGGACCAGGAGCCGCCAGAGCCGAAGAAAAAGAAGCGGAAAAGCAAGGCCAAGGCCGAGGACAGCGACGGCGGAUCAGAUGGGCAGUGA